GAACGCCUUCCUCACUCCCCAUCUCCCACUCGUGCACCACCACAGCUCGAGCUCUCAUCAGCAGUGCGCCACUGUUACAAUCGUUGUAGCUUGUACGGCCCUGCUUGUUCGGUUCAGGGAUUGGUCGCUCGCUCUGCUCUGCUUAUUUGCUUGGCCCAGCUCUGCUCUGUUUCUUGGCAAUGGUGGUCCUCGCGAAGCCCGCGGCGCUGGAGCAGAUCACGCUGCUGAGGCCGCCGGAGCCGUGGGAGAGCUUCUCGGGCGUCCCGGCCGUGGACCUGUCCGGCCCCGACGCGGCGGCGGACGUGGUGCGCGCGUGCGAGCGCUUCGGGUUCUUCAGCGUCGUGAACCACGGCGUGCCGGCGGGCGUGGUGGACCGGCUGGAGGCCGAGGCCGUCCGGUUCUUCGCGUCGUCGCAGGCGGAGAAGGACGCGUCGGGCCCCGCCGACCCGUUCGGGUACGGCAGCAAGCGCAUCGGCCGCAAUGGCGACAUGGGGUGGGUGGAGUACCUCCUCCUCGCCAUCGAGCGCGACACGCUCUCCAAGGCCUCCCCGGCGCCGUCGACCGCGCUGAGGGACGCGAUCAACGCGUACGUGGGCGCCAUGCGCGGGCUGGCGAGGACGGUGCUGGAGAUGGUGGCGGAGGGGCUGGGCGUGUCGCCGCGGGGCGCGCUGGCGGACAUGGUGACGGGCGACGUGGCGAGCGACCAGGUGUUCCGGGUGAACCACUACCCGCCGUGCCCGCUGCUGCAGGGGCUGCCGCCCAACUGCAGCGUCACCGGGUUCGGCGAGCACACGGACCCGCAGCUGGUGUCCAUCCUGCACUCCAACGGCACGCCCGGGCUCCAGGUCGCGCUCCACGACGGGCGCUGGGUGUCCGUCCCGCCCAACCGCGACGCCUUCUUCGUCAACGUCGGCGACUCCCUCCAGGUUCUGACGAACGGGAGGCUGAGGAGCGUGCGGCACCGGGUGGUGGCCGGCAACGGGCUCAAGUCCCGCGUGUCGAUGAUCUACUUCGGCGGGCCACCGCUGGCGCAGAGGAUUGCACCGCUGCCGCAGCUGCUGGCGGGGACGCAGAGCUUGCCCCUCUACAGGGACUUCACAUGGGGAGAGUACAAGAAGGCGGCCUACCGCUCUCGCCUCGGCGACAACCGGCUGGCCCCCUUCGAGGCGCCACCUGUCGCCACGCCAGACGCCGACCGCCACCGGUCCUAGCCGGCCAACGUACGGCAUACAUCGCCGCGACAUACUUCCUUGGUAGCUUUCGUACGUGUCGACGUACGUACACAACGGGAGCUGCUGAUUGCUCCGUCCAUGCCGGCCUCCGCAGGCCGUGGCCCAUGGGUGACCUGGCUGGAUGUAAAGCUACGUACCUAAGCUUGGACCGGGAGGGUGGGCGUCCUGCCAUCCUGCAUGCCGUUGCCGCGGUGGCCGGUGCCGGUGGGCGCGGCGCUGGGGCGAACCUCGAUCCUGCCGAUCUGUUUGGUCAAAUGUACAGUAGUAGCACUAGGGGUGGAUCCAUGAACCGAGCUUACAUUGGCCGGUUCACUAGCCGCUAACAGUUGACGUGCGGUGAAAGUUUGAUGUGUGUCGGAGCCUUUCCAACACGUGUGGUCUGGUUACUAAAACUACCCAUAAUGAGAGUAACAUAGGUAGUAACAUCACAUAUAUCUAGAUAAAAUAGAUGAUGUGGCAAGUAAUAAAUGAAGAAAGAGAGACAUGUGGUAACAUAACUAGUUACUACUAGUAUGAGUAACAUCACACAU